AAAAAAAAUAAAAAACACCCUGUGGUGAGGUCACAGCGUGAAAUAUAUAUGGAUGCACGUAACUCGGUUGUUAACGCGAAGCCAUAGCGUUCUGCAAACCCAGCCGCCGCGAGCAGUGGUCAUGGAAACGACGCAAGAUUCUCAGACAUACCACUGGCACUACACGGAGCUCGACCACAACUUUACGAUCCACGGCCGUACUCUAUUCUUCGUCCUUGCCCUCUUCUGCAUCGUCAUAAUCGUCACGGUCCUCUUCCUCUACGCGCGCUGGGUCUUCCGCUUCCACGACAACCAAAUCCUCCAGCCGACCUCAUCCCGUGCGUGGGCAACGAGAGUACUGCAGGGACUCGACCCCGCCACGAUAAAUUCGUUGCCGAUAAAGCAGCACAAGUACUCAACGACGGUUGAGAAUAGCGAAUGUUGUAUAUGCUUGGGUCUGUUUGAAGACGGUGAGAAGGUGAAGGUGUUGCCGCAGUGUUACCAUUGUUAUCACUGCGAGUGUGUGGAUAAGUGGCUCAGUGCGCACUCCAGCUGCCCACUCUGUCGAGCUUCUCUCAAUCGUAACGGAGUAAGUGAACUGUGAUUUUCAUUGUAAAUUAUGUUGUAAAUCACAUGGGUUGUAGCGGUUAUUAAUAGCUUGGAUUGCUCAUUUUAAUGGUGCUCUAUCUUCGUCUCGUCUCUAGAUUAGAUUAGAUGGCGUGAAAUGUCAUCUUGAUACAUGCUCACUUCCUGUUCGAUGAUUUUCCUGAGAGAGCUAGUAGUAUAAGCACACAUUCCUUUCUUGGUUUAGUAUCUCGAAAAUUACUUA